CGGGGCGGUUCUGGGCUGCGCUGCCCGGGGCGCCCGAGUGCAGAGCCGCCCGCCCCCCGCCGCCUGCCGGCCGGCCCACACGCCCUGCAGCCCCGGGAGCUGCGCGACGAGCCGGGCCAGCGGGGCGCGCCUCUGUCUGCUCCUCUUGCACACGGGCUGAGGCGGCAGCGGGGGCGGCGGAGACCGUGACGGGAGAGACGGCCGCGGCGGGGCCGGCCCGAACAGGCAGCCGCCUGCCAUCCAUCCCUUUGAGUGCUGUGGUCCUGAUUCAUCCUUUUAGAAGGGUUAAGAGUGGCAGUGUGACACACGACGGUUCUUUAGGAUGAAAGAAUCCUGACGCUCCUGGCUAGCUGGUGGUGAGCAGCUCGGGGCCAUCGUGGUUGGCUCCCAAGGGAAACUUUUGAAGCCAAUGGAUGCAUUCUCGGGCUCCGGGCUCAAGAGGAAGUAUGAUGAUGUGGAUGUGGGCUCAUCCGUUUCCAACUCAGAUGAUGACACGUCCAGCAGCGACAGUGCUGAUAGCUGCGACAGCCUUAACCCUCCUACAACGGCCAGCUUCACACCCACAUCCAUCCUGAAGCGGCAGAAGCAGCUGCGGAGGAAGAAUGUCCGCUUUGACCAGGUGACUGUAUACUACUUCGCCCGGCGCCAGGGUUUCACCAGUGUGCCCAGCCAGGGUGGAAGCUCUUUGGGAAUGGCCCAGCGCCAUAACUCUGUACGCAGCUACACACUUUGUGAGUUUGCACAGGAGCAGGAGGUGAACCACAGAGAGAUUCUUCGUGAGCACCUGAAGGAAGAGAAGCUUCACGCCAAGAAAAUGAAGCUGACCAAGAACGGGACGGUGGAGUCAGUGGAGGCUGACGGCCUGACGCUGGACGACGUCUCAGAUGAAGACAUUGACGUGGAAAAUGUGGAGGUUGACGACUACUUCUUCCUUCAGCCUCUGCCCACCAAGCGGCGCCGGGCCCUGCUGAGGGCCUCUGGGGUCCACCGGAUUGAUGCUGAGGAGAAGCAAGAGCUCAGAGCCAUCCGCCUGUCUCGGGAGGAGUGUGGCUGUGAUUGUCGGCUCUACUGUGACCCGGAAGCGUGCGCCUGUAGCCAGGCUGGGAUUAAAUGCCAGGUGGAUCGCAUGUCCUUCCCCUGUGGCUGCUCCAGGGACGGCUGCGGAAACAUGGCAGGGCGGAUCGAGUUCAAUCCCAUCCGAGUGCGGACUCACUUCCUCCACACCCUCAUGAAGCUGGAGCUGGAGAGCAAGCGGCAGCUGAGCCGCCCAGCAGUCCCGGAGGACGAGCCCACGCCCUCCGCUGGCUGCAGCCUGCCAGGCACGCCAGGCUCAGAGACGCAGGACUUCCAGGAGUUCAUUGCCGAGAACGAGACAGCCGUGAUGCACCUGCAGAGUGCAGAGGAGCUGGAGCGCCUCAAGGCUGAGGAGGACAGCGGCUCCAGCGCCAGCCUGGACUCCAGCGUGGAGAGCCUGGGCGUGUGCAUCCUAGAGGAGCCCCUGCCAGUUCCCCAAGAGCUGUGUCCAGGCCUGGCCACCCCCAUUCUCAUCCAGGCUCAGCUGCCCCCGGGCUCAUCCGUCCUGUGUUUUACCGAGAACUCGGAGCACUCCGCCGCCUCCCCGAUGAGCAGCCCGUCCUACUUGAACAGUGGGCCUCUGGUGUACUACCAGGUAGAGCAGAGGCCGGUCGUGGGAGGGAAAGCAGAACCUGGCUCAGAAGAGGGCCCGGCUUCCUUCCCCAAGGAGAAAGACCUGAGCGUUUUCUCCCUCCCCGUUACCUCACUGGUGGCCUGCAGCCCCUCUGACUCAGCUGCCCUGUGUGAAGCAGAGCUGGGGAAAACACCCGCUCUGGACAAACUAUUGCCUGAUGACUGUGACCAUCAGGAGCCUGAGGGUGAAGACUUCCACCCCUCAUGGUCUUCCUCAAACCUACCCUUCCGAACAGACAAUGAAGAAGGCUGUGGAGUGCAGAACUCACAGCAGAGCGAGGACCAGACCCCUGAAGACUCUGCCCUAGAACUCCCUCUGGCAGUGUGACCAGAGACAGACAUUGCCCAUUCUCUAUUUAUUAUUCAACGCCAUUUCAAAACGAGACUGCUGCUCCCAGGUUAUUUUGUCUUAGGAAAGUGGGUAGGAAACGGUUGGUAGUGCGUGUAUUUUGAAAGGGGAAAGUACCUAGGAGGCCAGCCCCAGCUGCAGAGCUCUCUGGGCCACCAGAGUGAGCUGGAUAGCUCAAGCAGCUCUUGGGAAUGCUAAGGCCAGACCCAAGGAUGCGAGUGGCUCCCUGUGGGGCUCACUGGCUCCUCAGACACCCGGUCUUGGUGGAUCAGACAUGCUAAUGGAAAGGCUGCUCAGCUGAGUCUGAGAUGGAGGCCACAGGAGUCUCCACUUCUGUACAAAACUCCCAGGAGUCCCAAGGUUUAUUCUGGCUCUCCCCACCUGCAACUGGUAAAUAAGUUAAUUUUCCAUGUUUGUUGUUCCCUGAUCUGCUCUGCAGACCGGGGAUUCCUGGUCUGUAACUUGAAUUGUUUCUUUCAUAUGUGCUUAGGUACUAGAGUUAAACUUCUCUGCCUUUUCCUUUAUCCUUUUCCCUUGAAAGAAGUCCAGGUUGGACAGGGGCGCGGUACAGAGUGAGGCUUGCGUGAAAGGCAGGGGCCCAGUGUGGAGCAGUCUGGAAACUAACUGUCAGGCUUGCUCUCUGACCUUCUCUUCCCCACAUGCUCCUGUUGGCAGUCUGGAAACUGACUGUCAGGCUUGCUCUCUGACCUUCUCUUCCCCCACAUGCUCCUGUUGGCAGGGCUUGGUCUGAAUGGAAGGUAUACUAGCACAGGUCAUCGGCAGCUGAGGACUCUGUGCCCACCCUCACGGCCCUUCCUGGUACUGGAGGCUUAGAGAGCUUUGGCUAUUACAGCUCUCUCCUGAGAAGGCCCGGCAGAUGGCCCCCAUCUGGAGAUUGAUGAAAACUGGAAGUCAGACUGAUUCUUAGUUAUGACACAGGACUCCCAGAUUCCAAAGGAUUCAAGAUCUUCUGGCCUUUGAAAUGUAUAGACUGGGACAGACUCAACACUUACCUCAGGCAGUAGAUUUUGCUCCUCAUGUCUUAACGUUCCAAGAUCCCUGGUCAGCCCUGAGUUUUUAUUGGCGAUGCUACCUCUGCAGUAGGUGCAAAAUACUGGCCUCUUCUAUCAUUCUUCACUAACCAGGAAAGAAAAGCAAAUGUUUUCUUCUGAUUUUUUUUUUUUUUUUUUUUUUUUGAGACAGUGUUACUAAAUAGUCGUAGCUGGCUAUGUAGACCAAGCUGGCCUCGAACCUGUGGCAGUCCUCCUGAUCCAUGCAUCCUGAGUGCUGGGAUAACAGGUGUGUACCACCUCACCUGGCUUUAUUUAUUUAUUUAUUUAUUUUUGGUGGGGUGAUAAGGCCCUGGUGUCAUAAAGCACAGUUCAAUGCGUACGGCAGCAGAAACACCUGGAAAGUCUAAACCUGGAGGACCUGUGCUCACUACAGAUACUCUUUAGCCCGUUCUGACACUUUGCCUUCCUCGUUUUGCUUGGUUCUGUUGGGGUCCUUAAAGAAGUGCACAGGCUCUCUCUAGCCUCAUGAGUUACCUUAAGAGGUUGAGGUAUCCACACCCAGGCUAGAACUCUCAGAUCCACGACAGAAGCUUAGCGGAGACUGGCUGAUGGGAGAAUCUUUUUGAAAGUUUGUUAGAAGGGCAGGGACUCAGCCCCUUCCCUCUUCAAGACUCCAACUUUCUUAGCCCUUAGAUUUGGAUUUUUCAUUAAGAAACAGAAAGACUAGUCAGCCACCGAAACACUUUGUAAUUCUGUUUAAGUCUAGUUUCUUACGCUGACUCUGUGUUCUGAUCACAGUACCCCCAGCUUCUCAGUGCUAAGUAUUUAGCACUGACUGAUGUCAAGCAAAGGGCCUUUUCUAUAACGAGUCCAGCUCAGCUCCGGUGCUACCCGAGUUGGACAGAACUGUAGUCCCUGCUUGCCAGGAAGGCGAGGCCUUGGUCACAGCAGCAAAGCCAGCCCCUCACAGGCCUGGAUGAGCUGUGGCUCUGCCGCAGCCCAUCAUGCUGUCGCCUCGCCUACUGUGUGAGGUCCACUCUCAGUGUGAACCCAAAGCUUGUCUGGCUCUCUGAAAAACCAUCCCCCUCUAGGUUCUUCACAUUGUAAUGAUGCUGUAUUUAAGAAGAAUAUUUAAAUGUAAUAUUAAAGAAAUACUCAAGGUG